GCGAAACAGUAAAUCAUACCAUCGGUUUUCACGAUGUCCACCGUUCAGGAUUUGGCCGCUGCUUUGCCCCAAUGCGCUACACAAUGCUUGGUCAUCGCAAUUGGAGCCUCAAACUGUGCUAUUUCCAACCUGACUUGCAUUUGUCAAAAUGAGAAUCUCAAUGCACAAGCCACUGCCUGCGUCACCGAGAACUGCACCGUCCGGGAAGCCUUAUUCACCAAAAACUUAACCUCUACAUCCUGUGGCAUCUCUCCGAACGUUAACUACUCUUAUGUACCUGUCCUCAUGGCCUUCACCGCGAUAGCUGCAGUCUGUGUCCUACUGCGCGUCAUCGCGAGACUGAAGGCGAAGGUUCCGGUCUGGUGGGAUGACUUUAUUAUGGCACUGUCCUUUCUAGGUUGCGUUGCAUUUAUGACGGUAGCAUGGUCAAUGAAACCUCAUGGCCUAGGAACCGACAUCUGGGCUGUUCCUUUUGACGACAUCACAACCAUCUUCAAAGCGAUGUAUGCUCUUUUCGUGCUAUAUAUCACGAGCCGCGAUCUUGUGCGAUUAUCGAUCCUGCUCUUCUAUCACCGGAUGUUCGGCCACGUUCCCCUGGCACGGCGGCUGAUCCAGUUCAGCUUCGUGCUGAUCAUCACUUGCUGCAUUGCUUUUGACCUUGCCAUUUUGUUUGGCUGUACGCCCAUCGACUACUUCUGGAAAGCCUGGGAAGGUCAGGGCGGCGGUUCCUGUAUUAGCACCAACGACAUCUUCUGGGCGGGCGCCUUCGUCACCAUCGCCAUCGACUUCUGGGUCAUGCUGGUCCCUAUUCCCUUUAUCUUGCGCUUGAACCUAUCGCUGCGGAAGAAGAUCUUGUCGGCUAUCAUGUUUACGUUUGGGAUCUUCGUCAUCGCCGUUAGUCUAUUCCGCCUUACGACGAUUAACAAGUUCACUCUGUCAAACAACCCAACUUUGGAAUUCAUCGAAGUCGGAAUCAUGUCCGGGCUUGAACUCGAAGUCGGCAUCAUCUGUGCAUGCCUACCCAAUUUUCACUCCCUGCUUAAGCCUAUCUACACGUGGAUGGGCACCAAGACAAGCCUCUCGUACUCCGGCACCGGCGGCAGCAGAAGGAGGUAUCAUCGCCGCCUAGACGAUGUGGAACAGUCUGGCCCAGAGCACAAGAUCCAAGCGACUACUGUGGUCGUCGUCGAGGAUCAUCGCACCAAGGGCGGCUUCAUUGAUCCAAGGGGUGCUGGUUGUGAUGGAAACGAUGCUACAGGCUGCACACUGCAGGAGAUCGAGCUAGGUAUCUGUGUCAAGGGCUCGACAAGCGGAAGAGCGUGGUCGUGAAUAGUGAGAAAUCUGACGAUGCACGCGAGCGCUUGAGAAACCAAGUAAUGAACUCCAUACAAGGCACACAAAUCCAAAAAGGGUGCGUCCAUUUCUAUAGGAGCGGGUGCCCUGCACGAUUAGUAGAUAGCCUUCUUAGCACGGUAAGCCUCAUCUCUACACAAGUUCCUUAUGUAUGCUCUAUGUGUCCUCUCACGCAACUCCAUUGCUGCCAUCAUUUCCGCCACUACUAAUAGCCAUUAUCCACUUCCUCAUGGCAUCCUCAGCCUGAGUUCCACUCGCGAAUUUAUUGAUAAGCUUGGCCGUCAACUCAGCAUUCGAGACAAUCCCGAGGCGGACAACAUCCUUCAUCAGGUCAGAGACGGAAUGUUGGGUAAUUCCGCGGUAUAUCGGCCCUCUUAAGCUUAGAUCUCUCGGUCUGCGCAUUUUGAUUUCGUACUGCUUCACAUCCGACGCCGAGUAGUCCGUGCGAAGAUCAACGAUAUGCCCUAUGCUGGUGAUUCUGUAGUCAAGUUCCCCCGGCUCAUCGACAAACUUGAAGUAUCUUGGUGGCACUUGAUCAUCAAUAGGCUCUAUAUCCUUGGUCCGAUUCGCAUCCUCUAAGAUGCUACGAAUGGUAUCAUCUUCCUUGUAGAUGAUGAUGCCACGCUUGAAGCGAUUCUGAGUCGAGUAGCAGAUGAGAAAGAAUGCGUCGACAAAGCCAAUGAGGCGGAUCUUGCCAAACCAGCGCUCAUUGUUGAUAAGAAGUUCCCAUGGGUGAAUGUCACUUUGCACAAGCCUUUAUUAGUAUUAGACGGCGCAGGAAGGGCUGCUACGCACCAAUCGCAUUCUUUAUUCUUGUCGUGGAUGGAUCUGUCAAAGAUCGAGAGGACUCUGUGAUACGAUGCCAUGGUGUUUCCUUUUU